AUGAUCAGCUGGUUUCGAGCACCAAUAACAACGCGUCCUCACACAGCCUCACCCGUUUUGGUGCCUGCCCCUCUUUCCCCUCAAACAGAAACAUCUUCUGUCUCUACAUCCAUCUCACACUCCUCCCAUCUAUCUUGCGACGAAUUGAACUUGAUUCAGCCUGCAAAUUUUCUAAAAAAAGUAUCGAGAACAACCGACAACGUGAACAAAGCUGCUCCUUCCUCUGCUGAUCCAAUGAAUCAACCUGAGCAACGAGACCCAGAUUCAACGGACUCCUACACGGUAGCAUGGAUCUGUGCCCUAGAAGAAGAGUACUUCUGUGCAUGCCGUAUGCUUGACGAAGAAUUCAACGGGCCGGAAAUAAGCGAAGAUAACGAUGAUAACACAUACGUCUUUGGUCGUAUCGCGAAGCAUUAUGUGGUGAUCGGUUGUCUUCCAGCCGGUCGGUAUGGCACCAAUUCAGCUGCCCGUGUUGCCCGAGAUAUGGUCCGGACCUUUCCACACCUUCGGUUUGCAUUAAUGGUGGGUAUUGGAGGCGGCGCACCAACUAUUCAAAACGACAUCCGAUUAGGGGAUGUUGUCGUGAGUCAACCAAAAGACGGGUUCGGUGGGGUGAUACAAUAUGAUCUGGGCAAGUUGAAAAACGGUCGGUUCCAGAAGACAGGCCAACUAAAUGCGCCUCCCGAGAAGCUUCUAGGAGUUAUUCCAGAGAUGCGCAGACUGUACAGUGAUAAAAAGAAGCCAGACAGACUAGCAGAACAUCUCCAGCGUCUUGAUGAUAUGGAAGACUAUCAACGACCAGCCGUGGACCUGCUUUAUGCCUCAGAAUAUCCACAUACGGAUGGACAAAAUUGCAACGGCUGUGACUCUCAUUCGGUAGUGGACCGCCCCGAACGCCGGAGCCAUCGUUCCCUCUUCAUUCAUUACGGGACUAUUGCGUCAGGAAAUUCUGUGCUCAAGGACGCUAUUGUGCGGGAUACAUAUGCGAACGACCCUGAAUUGAACAUUUUGUGCUUUGAGAUGGAAGCCGCCGGUCUGAUGAAUAACGUUCCAUGUCUGAUAAUCCGCGGAAUUUGCGACUACUGUGACUGUCACAAGAAUGACGACUGGCAUAAGUAUGCUGCGCUCGCUGCUGCCGCGUAUGCACGAGAGCUCCUCCUGGUUUUGCGGCCACAACGUGUCAAUACCAUGCUUCCUUGGGCCGAGCGAGUAACUCAGGAACUUCAACAAAUUACUCAGGAGCUGACUAAUCUCAGUAACAACCAGAGAACUGCCUUGUCGACAAUCGAAUCUAUGGACCAAAACAUUGAAUUGGGCAAGUUGUCGACCGUUCAAGAUGCAGCAAUUGACUCCUUUGCGAACCAACAUGAGGAUGAGUGUCUUCCAGGCACUAGAACCGGGCUUCUCAACGAGAUUAGAGAAUGGGUUGAGUCACGGCACGGAAAGUCUAUCUUCUGGUUGAAAGGAAUGGCCGGGACAGGAAAAUCUACCAUAUCUCGGACUGUGGCAAGUUCGCUCAAGGGCACCAAUCAUCUAGGUGCCAGCUUCUUCUUCAAGAGGGGUGAAGGGGAUCAAGGCAACGCGAAGAAGUUUUUCCAGACAAUAACAUGGCAAUUGAUACUCAGAAUCUCUGGGCUGAAGUCUUGUGUGCAAAAAGCACUCCACGAUGAUCCUGACAUUACUUCAAAAUCCCUCAAGGAGCAGUUUGAGAAACUACUGCUUCAACCGCUACUCAACCUUGAUCAAGCCGGUUCCCAACCUCAAACCACUGUGAUGGUGAUUGACGCUUUGGAUGAAUGUGAACAUGUUCAAGAUAUCCGGCUUAUAAUACGUUUACUACCACUUCUACAGAAGGCAAAGGCGGUUCGCCUUCGAAUCUUCUUGACUUGCAGGCCUGAGCUCCCAAUCAGCCUCGGCUUUUCGGACAUCGGGGAUCAUGAAUAUAAAGACUUAGCUCUUCAUGACAUACCUGAAGAAGUGACAGAGCGUGACAUACGUUUAUUUUUACAACACCGAUUUACGAAGAUCACACGCGACAGAAAUAUUUCCGGUGACUGGCCAGGCGAUGACGUAAUCCAGAAUUUAGUCAUGAUGUCUAAUCCUCUGUUUAUUGCGGCUGCGACUGUGUGCCUUUAUAUCGAAAAUUUAUCAUGGGAACCUAAAUUGCGCCUCGCAGAACUCCUAGAGAACCAAGGGAAAUAUGCUUCGAAAAUGGAUAAGACGUACCGGCCAAUUUUGACGCAACUACUUAACGACCAGGAAAAUGAUGAGUUGGAGCAGCAGCAGCUCCUGCGAGAGUUCCAGGAUAUAGUCGGUGUCGUCAUCCUUCUUGCUACUCCACUUUCAAUGAAUGCGCUGUCCGCUUUGCUUGGUAUAGGAGCCGAGCAGAUCAGCAAUCGACUAAAUUCCUUCCGAUCAGUUCUGAACAUUCCCGAUAACCAAGAUCAGCCUAUUAGGAUUCUACAUCUAUCAUUUCGAGAUUUUUUGGUCCGGUCUAGAAGCGAGUUCUCCGUGGAUGAGCCAAGAAAGCACAAAGAUAUUGCUAAGUUCAGCCUGCAAACUAUGCGAUGUCGUCUACAUAGAGAUAUCUGCAAUCUAGUACGCCCUGGAACGCGUAGGGCAGACAUCGACCAUCAGCUUAUUCGGCAGUAUCUACCACCUGAGUUACAAUACUCUUGUCGCUACUGGAUGUACCAUCUUGAAAAAGGUCAGGCUUUAUCUUCCGAGAUAGAAGAAGUCCUACUUUUCCUCUAUAAGCAUUUUUUGCAUUGGAUGGAAGCGAUGAGUCUGCUGGGCUAUUUGUCUGAGGUAGUGGGUAUGCUGAAUCUCCUCGCCAGGGUUAUACCACGCGAUGAUGAUCCCGCAUUAGCUGACUUUCUGCAUGAUGCAAAACGCUUUGUUCUGAAAAAUCGCCAGAUAGUCGAUGGAGCACCACUUCAGAUUUACGGUGCAGGAUUGGUAUUUGCACCUCGAACGGCAAUGAUUCGUACACAGUUCAAAUUAGACCUUCCUAAUUGGAUAUCUCUGUUCCCACGAGUUGACGAAAGAUGGAGUCGAGAAUUACUGGCCCUCGAGGGCCAUUCGCACUCGGUUUCCUCGGUGGCCUUCUCGCCUGACGGCCACCUGCUGGCGUCUGGCUCCGAUGAUCACACAGUACGGCUCUGGGACACGGCGACGGGCUGCCUGCAACAGAUUUUCGAGGGCCAUUCGGACUCGGUUCACUCAGUGGCUUUCUCGCCCGACGGCCAGGUGCUAGCGUCUGGCUCCUCGGAUCACACAGUGCGGCUCUGGGACACGGCGA